GCGCGCAUCCACCGGGCAGCUCUCCCAGCGUACCCCGCUCCCGCAGGCCACGACCCGGAAGCUGUCGCCGGCUGGCGGCCGGCUGGCGGCUUUGACCGCUUUGGAGCUGCGAAAAGCAGUUGCCCGGGCUGCCGGGGCUGGCUGUGGCUGCUGACCGCGGCAGUCGGAAGGAACCCCCAAUGAGUCCGCUCCGGACAGGGGCUCAGUCUGGGCACGCGACCCCCGGCGACAUGUGACCCGAUCUGCCGGCCGCUUCGGCGUUCGUAAGUGUCCGUGGGCCGCGCGGGGCUGCGAAGAGACUCUCCGCCUGGGCCGUGAUGAAGGCGGUCAAGUUCUCCUCACCUCGAUGGGAAGAGACUACUCGGUGGGCUCUGUUGACAGAAGCGAGCGGGAGAAGCAGGGCUAUCUCCGUCGCUUUGCAGUGCCCGUAGUGCCGAGGGUGCGGAGUUCACUCAGUAGCACCCGGACUUGUUCUUUUACUGGGCCAAUUCAUGCUCUCACUCCUGUCACCAAAGUGAAAUAGGUGGCUGUCAUCUGUGGAAACCAUCUGUUCUUUGAGCCAUGAAGGCAGAAACAGUGUCCCCUACCCAGGAGACUACCCCAGAGUCCAGCUGUGGCUUCGGUAAUCUAUGGAGUAGCCGGAAGCUGAUGGUUGUGGGGGUCUUGCUGGGCUGGCUACUUGUCAUCCACCUUCUGGUCAACAUGUGGCUUCUGAUCCUUCUGUGCGCAUCGUUGGUGGUGCUGGGAGGUUGGCUAGGCGCCAGUGCUGUUGCAGGGGCUUCAGGUCAAUUGCACCUGGAGCGGUUCAUCACGGUCACCGCCUGUCCUCCGUGCCCCGAGGCAGAAAGGCAGCUGGAACAGGAGAUUAACUGCACCAUCCAGAUGAUAAUCCGAGAUUUUGUGUUAUCCUGGUAUCGUUCAGUGAGCCAGGAGCCAGCAUUCGAGGCGGAGAUGGAGGCAGCCAUGAAGGGGUUGGUUCAGGAGCUUCGAAGGCGGAUGAGCAGAGCGGACAGACAUGCUCUUACACAGAGGGUUCUCACUCUCUGUGGUUGUCACCUGCAGAGCUAUAUUCAGGCAAAGGAGGCCGCAGCCAGGGAGCAGAGCUGUUCAGUUCAGCCCUCCCAGCUGUGGGAUGCUUACUGCCAGGCCACUCCUCCCCAUCCUGCCUUGCACAGCCCUACCACUGAGGUCACCUAUGCACGCGGCAUUGUGAAUUUGUUACUUAAAGAGUUAGUGCCCAAGCCCCACCUGGAGACUAGGACUGGACGCCACGUAGUAGUUGAACUCGUCACGUGCAAUGUGAUCUUACCACUGAUCAGUAAGCUAUCAGAUCCUGACUGGAUCCACCUUAUACUUGUGAAUAUCUUUUCCAAGUAUAGACACGAUGCAGCCCAAGGAACCAAACCCCUGGGCUCAGGCAGUGUCCUAGAGCAGCCGUCAGUGCCCACCUCUCUGCCACUGGUUGUUGAAGUAGAGAGUCUGCCCACAGGAAAAGCACCUUCUCCAGUACACAUAACCUGCAGCGAGCCAGCCCCCUCCCCAGAGGUCGAAGAAGGUCAUGAAGCUGCAGAGGGAGAUUUGUCUGGGAUGCUUGAAGAAAGAAGAAUAGGAAAUAACUCAUCCCAUUUUCUACAGCCGGAUAUUCGAGGCCCCUUGUUCUUAUGCGAAGACUCGGAGCUGGAGUCACCACUGUCUGAACUGGGCAAAGAAACCAUCAUGCUAAUGACCCCAGGCAACUUCCUCUCUGACAGGAUUCAGGAUGCUCUGUGUGCACUAGAGGAUUCCCGGGCCCUGGAGCCUAAGGAUGGUGAGGGAACUGAAGGGAUGGAAGGAUCCGAAGCUGAGGAAGCUCCAGGAACAGAAACAGACACGGGCCUACUGGUCUCCAUGCUGAACUGCCCAGAGAUCCAGAUUGACACAGCAGACAAGGAGGUAGAGCAAGGAGAUGUCACCUCUCUUACGACUUUGUUAGAGGAGCCAGAAAAACCCUGCCCCCCAAGACCUUCAUGCUUGGAAAAGGAUCUCACCAGUGGUGUGAGCUCCCUUGAGCCUACCCUGCCACCAGUUCCACUUUCCUCCUCUCCCCCUGGUCCUCUCAGCUCAGCCACCUUCAGCUUUGAGCCCCUGAGCAGUCCCGAUGGCCCAGUUGUCAUCCAGAACCUUCGGAUCACUGGCACCAUCACCGCCCGAGAGCACAGUGGUACUGGAUUCCACCCAUACACGCUGUACACUGUGAAGUAUGAGACAGCCCUUAAUGGUGAGAACAGCAGCGGCCUACAGCAGCUGGCCUACCACACCGUGAACCGCCGCUACCGGGAGUUCUUGAAUCUGCAGACCCGCCUGGAGGAGAAACCAGAUCUACGAAAGUUUAUCAAAAAUAUUAAGGGUCCAAAAAAGCUCUUUCCAGAUCUUCCAUUUGGAAACAUGGAUAGUGACAGAGUAGAGGCCCGGAAGAGCCUCCUGGAGUCCUUCCUGAAGCAACUCUGUGCCAUUCCUGAGAUUGCCAACAGCGAGGAGGUGCAGGAGUUCCUUGCACUGAAUACAGAUGCUCGGAUCGCCUUUGUCAAAAAACCAUUCAUGGUCUCUAGAAUAGACAAGAUGGUGGUGAGUGCGAUUGUGGACACCUUGAAGACAGCGUUUCCUCGCUCUGAACCCCAGAGCCCCACAGAGGAGCUGAGUGAAGCCGAGAAUGAAAGCAAGCCCCAGACAGAAGGCAAGAAGGCUAGCAAGUCCAGACUGAGGUUCUCCUUCAGUAAAAUUGCUCCUGCGCUGAAUAUAGCCGAGGUGCAGGACAGGGUUCUCUACUGUCUCCAGGAGGGCAAUGCGGAGUCAGAGAUCCUGUCCAUGUCUGGGAUGGAAUCCUUCAUUGAGAAGCAGACAAAGUUACUGGAAAUGCAGCCAGCAGAUGUAUCAGAUAAAGAUCCCCAACAAGUCCCUAAAGAAUGUGUGGAUAACUGUUUGCGAGAUACAGCUGUAGUAGCCCAAGAAUUCACCAACAGUGACCCAGGAGCAGAGACCGAGUUAGCCGACACGGCCUUGGAUCUGAUCCUGCUGCUGUUAAUGGAGCAGUGGAAAUGGCUGUGUACCGAAAGCAUGCAGAAGUUCUUCCGCCUUGUUUUUGGAACUCUAGUUCAAAGGUGGCUAGAAGUCCAGGUGGCUAAUCUAAUGUGUCCCCAGCGCUGGGUGCAGUACCUCCGGCUUCUUCGGGAAUCUAUCUGGCCUGGUGGGGUGUUGCCUAAGUUUCCACGGCCUGGGAGGACUCAGGCACAGAAAGCAGCUACUGAGAAGCAGGCUUUGCAGAGCUUGAUGAGUAUCCUGCCAGAUUUUUUAGUGGACAUCCUGGGGGUGAACAAGUGCCGGCUGAGCUGGAGUCUAGUCUUGGAGUCGUUCCAGCAACCCCUCAUCAACAGACAUUUGAUUUACUGCCUUGGAGACAUCAUCCUGGAGUUCUUGGACCUCAGUGACACCGUUGAGGAGCCUGCGCCAACCACCUCUGCCUCAGAUUCCCCAGGCAGCCUCAAGAGAAUGGCUUUCUCUGCUUAGAUAGAAGUCAUUCACACCGUCCUCAAAGGCUUGAAAAAGAGAGCUUUCAACCACCCAAAGACCGAUUAAGAUAUCUGUGCCCUCUGGAGCUAAGCUACCUUAACUAGCCUCCAUCUCAGGGGCUCGAUUCUCCUGCCAGAUCUCCCUUAGUAACAGGUGAUGGGGAUCAGUAACCCAAUUGCAUGCAUAUCUGUUUCCAUAGUCAUGCGGAUUGCUGCUGAUGAGGAGGUCUUGUUUCGUGGGAAAGGACGCUGUGAAGCAGAGACUUCUCCUUUGCCUUCUCACCAUCAUGGUUUACCAACAGCAUGGCCCUGUGCAUGUGUACACCUAAUCCACAAAUGCACAAGCAUUGGGUAGUACAGGAGAAAACUAUAGCCAGAUUUCCUAGGAGGAGAAACAGUCUCCUGAGCUCUCUCUUCCCACCUGGAAACUAAACGUUUGUUCGGGAUCACUCCUUUGCCCUGCCUGGUGCUGCGGUAAUUCCAGAAGAGGGAAGGAAAGUAUAUCUCAAGGGACUUCUUGCUCUUUGGCUGUUUUCUCACACAGUGGCCUUUUAGGGGAUGUCAGGAAUGCUGUUUCCUUGGGUGGCUAUACUUUUCCUGUCCAGAAGGCUUCAGAGCACACAGUCAAACUUCUGGUAAAUCCACCCCACCCUUCACACCCUUUCCUGCAAGGGUUUACACUACAGAUUUUCUUAACUCUCCUACCCAAGAGCAAAUGAGUUUCAGGUUUGUAAGUUUCCCUCUAUCCUAACAGAAUUGCAUGACAAGUUAUAUAUUCAGCCUCAGUUUUUCCAAAGAGGAGGGAAAGUACUUGUUCCAUGGCUGAGGGUGUACAAAGAACAGCAGUUGGGAUAAGUGGGAAUCCCCUCACAAGACUUGGCCAAGAAUCGUUUAUUCUGAACACAUAAUAUAGCAAACUUGCAGGAUAUAGAUUUUAUUUCCCAUUCCGUAAUUAAUCCUUAUGAGCCUAGCGAUGAAGGCAGAAGUGUUCUGCAUCCAUUGGAAAAAUGGAACAACUCAGAGGAACUGUUAGACGAAAAGGGAGUUGGAGGGAGUCACAAGGGAAAUGCUACUUCCAGUAAAUGCUUAUGAGUCGCUGGCAUUCACAUGGUACCAAUGAGAGACCAUACCCAACCCCCAGCUCAUUAGGAUGCACAUGGAUGGGGCCUUGGAGGAAGGCUGAUGAGAAUGGGAUGAGGCAUCAAGAGCCAGCAUCAAGGUUUACCACUCUGAAGUAUGUAAUGAGCACACAAUUAAGUUGUUCAUAGAAAAGGGUCGUGCCCUGAGAGGCUCAUCACUGCACAUCAAUCACUCUCUGAUGUGACUGGGAGGCUUGGGCUGCUGCUCUUGCCGAAAAGCAAGAGGUGGGUAAGAUAAAGUUUCAUGGCCUCUUCUGGCCUUGAAGCACGACUUGAUGGCUCCAGAGCCCUUUGGCCCUUACAGGCAGAGGUAACUCAACAUGCUGUCCUUUGAGGUUCCAGGGAACUCCUGAGAUCUGCUCCUGCAAGAAGGACCACUUUCUUCUCUUUUGGUGGAGUGAUCAGUCCUGAUAUCUGGAACUCUGCACUCCCCACACCCAGCCCUCCACAUGUCCAUAGUCACCUGUGUCACUUUGAAUCUACUACCAGUCCUGGCACACGUGCGUAAACCUGUCAGUAGUCCAUUACACCGUGAGUUCCCUAUUGCAGUGAAGUCCAAGGGAUCUUUUCAUGCAUGCAACCCAGAGAACUUCCUUGCAUUUUAUUUUAUGUAAGAGACCCACCUGCCCCAGCAGAUAAGCUUUCCUCAAGAGGAAAAUGAUAAAGAUAACUAGGGAGAUCAUCAGAACCCAUAUGGCUUUGAAAAAGACCUGCUAGGUUUGGGUGUCAUGGUCAGGCCAUGUGAUCAUCAGCAUGUGGAAGAGCCCGAGUGUCAGGAUGAUGCUCAGGUUGGGAGAAUGAAAAGCAGGGAAGAACUGAGUCCACACUGGCCUGCUGCUUUUCUCUCCUUUUUGUUUGUUGUUUGUUUUGCUCUGGCUUUUUUAUGACUAUGUUUACUCAUUAAUUCAAAAUAUUAAUAUCUGAAACAAGA